AUGAGACCUCUGCCAGGAGCUGGCAAUGCCCCCCAUCAGUCCGGUCAGACAGCAUCCAGCGGCGUGAUCAAGGCCUCCUUCUUCCGUCCAGACACCAAGCAGCAGCUGGUGGUGUUGGAACGAGCAACCUCAGAGAUCAAGCAGUCCCUCCUGCAGCCAACCACCAUGGAUGAGCUGGGCAGUCCGGCCGACACGGCCCGCCUGCUCCUGCCCCGGAACACCCUCCUGAGCCGCGCCUGGUCCCAGACGUAUGAGCAGCCAGCCCCCGCCACCCCCGGCCUACCCUUGAUAGGGGCCCUGCUCAAGAGGGAGCCGCUGGUCAUUCACCGGCACGAGGCACGGCUCACCGACGGCACCCGGCUGUCUUCUGCGUCGGGCAUCAUGUCGGGGCUAGUCAUCAGUCUGAUCGCCAGCGGCAGCGAUGGGAAUGGGGAGUCAUGGGACACCUCCCUGGAUGAAGCCGUGGACUCCUUCAGACUCCUGCCUAGGCGAUGA